AUAUCGACGAGUGUGCUUCAAAUGACAAUAAAUGUGCUAAGGGUGCUGCCAUUUGUAAAAAUACGGUAGGAUCAUACAAUUGCACCUGUCAUUUUGGACAUGAAUGGGAUGGCACUGAAUGCAAAGCUGAUGUAUGCCAACUCAACACCGUUCUGCACGAUGUUGAUAGAGACGUAAGCCACCAUGACCCGGAAAAAACAGAAUGUGACCAAAAUCUCAACCCUGAUUGGUAUCGUUUCUUGGACAUUCCAGGAAUAACAAUGCCGACUGAGUGUCCAGAUCCUGACAAGUGCGGCACAUCAUUUCCAGGCUGGUUGAGCAGUAGUCACCCCACAGUGACUGAGGGAGAAGUAGCAGGGACUGUUUGCUUCAGCAGGAGCUCGGAUAUGUGCUGUCACCAGUCGAAAAACAUAAGGGUGAAGAACUGUAGUUCCUUUUACGUCUACUAUUUGGUGCCGACGAGCUGUCCCUACCGUUACUGCUUCACCCAUAACUGA